UAGACCAGGCUGCUGAAGGCUGCAGACUACAAGGCUGCAGACUACAAGGCUGCAGACUAGCGUCUUUGAGACACAGCUGUGUUCUGUCAGUGCGUCCCACGUUCACUCACUGUGAUCUAUGACCUGAUUGUGUAUUUUAUUCUUAGGCAUGUUUAUUGUUUGUUCCUGUGCUUUAUUGGCUUUUGUGAGGUCACUUGUGUUUGUCCUUUUAUCUGUUGUAAAGUGUAAAAAGGAUACACACACAUAUACACACACACACACACUCUGAAUGAGUCUCUGGUCUCAAAUGGUUAAUUAGGCAGAAUGGGCAUGUAAGCCCCGCCCCCUCUCCUCCCAUUGGCUGUGUCCUGACCUGACGGCCCCCCUCCCAUUUUUAUGCACAGGGGUCCUGGUCUCACAGAGUCCAAACUGCCCAAAGCUUCAGGAUCAGAUCAGAACCAGAACCUCCAAAAUGGGGAGUGACACAGAUCUCAGACCUGUUACAUGAAGACCAGACGGCUCCAAGCAACGAACCUAGAAGCCAGAACGUAAACCAUCUCCAGCUUCUUUAAAGAUAAGUCCAAGCUUCAUGGAAUGAAGCUACAUUCCCUCUAUGACAGCUGGACGCUUUAGGGCGGGGCUACGCGCUGACGGACAGGUCUCUAGACAUGUACACCAGUCCAGCGAUGAUCACUUAACAGAUGGCGGCGGCGCAGAAUUCAAACUUCAAACAUGAAGUUGUCGUCCUCUUAUUUAAAGUGUUUUUUAAAGUUCAUCACAUUUGGUUGGUUGUGUUUCCUCAGCCAACUGUUCAGAAUGUGGACCAGGGUACCGCAGCCCGCUGGACGCCAUGAAGGGUCGUCGGGAGGAGAUCGUUUACCUCCCCUGCAUCUACCGCAACACCGACAUCCACAAGCCGGACUAUUUGGCCACCGUGGACGUGGACCCCAAGUCCUCCACCUACACUCAGGUCAUCCACCGGUUGCCAAUGCCGAACCUUCGGGACGAGCUACACCACUCGGGCUGGAACGCCUGCAGCAGCUGCUUUGGCGACGCCUCCAAGAAAAGGAACCGCCUGAUCCUCCCGGCGCUCAUCUCCUCCAGGAUCUACGUGGUGGACGUGGGGACGGACCCCAGAGCGCCUCAGAUCCAAAAGGUGGUUGAGCCCAUCGACAUGUACUGGAAGUGCGACCUGGCAAACCCUCACACCACCCACUGCCUGGGCAACGGUCAGAUCAUGAUCAGCUGUAUCGGAGACCCGUCUGGCAACGGCAAAGGUGGCUUCGUCCUCCUGGACGGGGAGACGUUCGAGGUGGUCGGUAACUGGGAGCACCCGGGCGAAGCAGCGCCAUUCGGAUAUGAUUUCUGGUACCAGCCCCGACACAACGUGAUGAUCAGCACGGAAUGGGGCGCACCCAAAGCUCUGGCUAACGGUUUCAAUCCCAACCAUGUCAAAGCAGGACUCUAUGGGAGCUCCAUCCAUGUCUGGGACUGGACCACUCACAGGAAGCUGCAGACACUGGACCUGGGUGAGGAAGGGGCCAUUCCCCUUGAGAUCCGGUUCCUUCAUAACCCAGAUGCUACAGAGGGCUACGUGGGAUGUGCUCUGCGGUCUGUCGUCUUCAGGUUCUACAAAACGCCGGAAGGUGACUGGGCUGCAGAGAAAGUGAUCAACAUUCCUAACAAGAAGGUAGAGGGAUGGAUCCUACCUGAGAUGCCUGGGCUGAUCACGGACAUCCUGAUCUCGUUGGACGACCGUUACCUCUACUUCAGUAAUUGGCUCCACGGUGACAUCAGACAGUAUGACAUCACUGACAGCAGGAAUCCCCGAUUGGUCGGCCAGGUGUUCCUGGGAGGAAGUAUCGUCAGCGACGGUCCAGUCAGAGUCCUGGAAGACCCGGACAAACAACCACAGCCCCGCCCACGCAUCAUCCAGGGCAGGCGUGUCCCUGGAGGUCCUCAGAUGUUACAGUUGAGUUUGGACGGUCGUAGACUUUAUGUGACGACCUCUCUGUACAGUGGCUGGGACAAACAGUUCUACCCCGACAUGGCCAAAGAGGGCUCAGUGAUGAUGCAGAUCGAUGUGGACUCUGUGGAUGGGGGUCUCUCUGUGAACGAGGACUUUCUGGUGGACUUUGGUAAAGAACCCGAUGGUCCGUCUCUGGCUCACGAGCUGCGUUAUCCUGGAGGAGAUUGUACAUCUGACAUCUGGCUUUAGACACGAUCCACUAAGAAUAAAUCAAUGGUGGAUCAACACAGCCUCCUGAGUGUCACCUAUAACUAUGACGUUGACACAUCCAUCAAUACAUAAAAUACAUCUAUGUCUACAGUUGUGUGAAAAAGUGUUUGCCCCCUUCCUGAUUUCUUGAGGAAGGGAACUCAGGGGGAGUAGAAGGACUUAGCGUUCCGGAUAAAGGGUCAAAGAUGGAGGAGCAGUGCUGUUGGAUCUGACACGUUGUUGCACCACCUUUCAUCUUGCCGGAAGGUUCUGUGUCGGCGUUGCUGCUCUGAGCAGCUGGAAUUAAGCAACACAACAAUGAGACGACCCACAAAACAUGACUGGUUGUGCAUGUGGAGGCCAGUUCCUCCCUCUUGAUGUCAUUGAGUGGUUUUCUGCUCGUGCUUCACUCUCCAUGUGGCUGAAUUACAACGAUUCUGCAAAGAUGAGCCAGUUUUCACAAACGCUGGAUUGCAGUUGUUGCUGCUCAGGGCGACCGAACCAGUUAUUAGGGUUAGGGGGCAAUCACUUUCUCACACAGGGUUUGGAUUUUUUUCUCACCUUAAUAAUAAAAACUUCAUUUAAAAACU